AUGGUGCAUCCGAAAAGCGACGAGCAACGGCAGAGGCUUGGUGACAGCGUGAAACAUAUUCUCCUGUUUCGUGCUCUAGACGAGGUAAGUUAAACAUAGUACACGUACACUCUCUGGCCAGCGCAUAAUUGAAAUAGGGUUCGCGCGCCGACUCGUGGAAAUGCCAAUGAGUACGUGUAAUCUGCUUCAACUUGGACUCAGACUCACGGAUAUGAAUUACUUCAAUGAGAAAAAUAGCUUGAAUGACUUGAUCAACAUAGAAAUAUAAAUUCCUAAUGAUCGAGAAAAUGCUGCUCUUACUCCGUUAUUUUUAAUUUUACUUGGAUAUGUUGUUGUGGAAUGUUAUGUAUAUAAAAUUCCAUAGUUAUAAGCAACUGUGAAGCAUAGGCUAAAAUAUAUAUGUAGUAGCCAAUUUUGGAUCACAGAAUAGAAGACUUUGUCUUUGUCUUUGGUAGAGUUCAUUCAUGACUGCUUCAAUUCAAUUUCAUUUCAAAAUAUUUUUCUCGCAGGUUUCCUUCAUACCUAAUUACGUCUGUAGAUUAUCAAUCUUCUGUUUUAAAUUAACUCCUCGUUCAUUUGACUUUUUUUCUUAUUUUCACUAAUCGAUUAUACUUUGGUAAUUUAAAAAAAAAAAAAAAAUGGGAAACACUCUGUAUGUUAGUUCAUUUUGUAUAAUAUAUGUAUAAUGUAUAAUUAUCCUUUCAAUUACAUAGAGAUAUUAUCUUUCGUGUACCUGUAGAAAUAUCCUGAUUCGAAAUAUCAAAAGUAAAAGUUUUCAGUCACGAAAUAUUUACGACACGCAUGCACGCAUAUGCGUUGCAUGAACUUCUUACAGGAACAAAUGGCGGACGUGCUAGACGCGAUGUUUGAGAAAAGUGUGCAGUCUGGAGACUUCAUUAUCCGGCAAGGUGAUGAUGGUGACAACUUCUAUGUCAUCGAAAGAAAAGUGCGAGAUGGAAUUGAUCGUUUAAAAGAUACACCAUUCAAUUGUUAUGCCUAUUUCAGAGGAAAAUUUGAAGUGUACGUGAAAGAUCCACAGUCGGGUGUGGAAUCCAUGAUACAUACGUACGAUAAUCGUGGUGCUUUUGGUGAACUUGCGCUCCUUUACAACAUGCCAAGGGCGGCCAGUAUCAAAGCUAUCACGCCUGGCACACUAUGGGCCAUGGAUAGACAAACUUUCCGGCGUAUUUUAUUGAAAUCCGCCUACAAGAAGCGCAAAAUGUACGAAGACCUUAUCAAUAAGGUCCCGAUGCUGAAGUAUCUCGAGGCAAGUUUUAUGGAAUUAUUUAUAGCGGAAGACAUCGCGCCGUACGAGCGUAUGAACCUGGCGGAUGCUCUGGUACCAAAACAGUAUUCAGAUGGCGAACAGAUUAUCAAACAGGGCGACACAGCCGAUGGGAUGUAUUUUGUCGAGGAUGGCGUCGUCAGAAUCACCAUAAUAGGAGAUCACGGCCGCGAAAUCGAGAUUAAUAGAGUUCCCGCUGGUGGGUACUUAGGCGAGUUGGCGCUGGUGACACAUAAACCUCGCGCUGCUUCGGCCUACGCUGUGGGCGACGUAAAGCUGGCCUUUUUGGACGUUGAAGCUUUCGAACGCUUACUUGGGCCUUGCAUGGAACUUAUGAAGCGUAAUAUCGACGAUUACGAAGAUCAACUAGUCAAAAUCUUUGGCAGCAAAGCUAACAUUUCUGAUAUCCGAUGA